AUGGCUUCGAAUACUGGCUCUCUCUUCGGAGGCGCUUCCACCACUCCUCAGUCAUCCAACCUGUUUGGCGCAAAUAAUUCGGCAACUCCUGUCGGAUCUCAACCCAAGCUAAGCCUUGGAGGCAUUUCUGGCGCGGGAGGGCAAGGCACGCAAUCGUCAGGUCUGUUUGGAGGGCAACAAACUCAGACGCCAGCGCCAUCUACUGGGGGUCUAUUUGGUGGUCAACAGGCUUCCACUCCCGCCGCAUCCACUGGGGGCCUGUUUGGAGGUCAACAAGCAUCCUCUCAGGCUGCACCGACCGGGGGGCUGUUUGGAGGCCAGCAGACUUCGACUCCCGCCGCGCCCACGGGGGGUUUGUUCGGUGGCCAGCAGGCAUCAGCACCGGCUGCACCAAGUGGAGGUUUGUUUGGGAGCCAGCAACCCCAACCCCAACAACAGGCCGCUUCGAGUGGGGGUUUGUUUGGUGGUCAACAGGCCUCGGCUCCGCAGAACGCGCAGCCAUCCAGCCUUUUUGGGGGACAAUCGCAGGCACAGUCACAGCCGCCUAUUCUAGGGCAGACUCUAGGACAAAAUCCCAGUCAAUCAACGCAACCAGCCUUUUUCAACAGCCUGUUGGAGCGUGGUAAAAAGAGACCUUUGUCAUCAGCCGCUCAGAACAACAAUUUCGAAGAAGUGCCCAGCCUUCAACUGGGCCUGGACGAUAUUCGGAGAAAGGCCAGGGAACUGGGCUCCGGUGGACAGAGAGACACUCCCAAUGGCAAGAGUACCAAAGCUCAUUAUCUACUUGCCGCAUCUGGCAUCUCUCCCGGUCGAGCAUUGCGCGAUCUCAAAUCUCUGGACCCCCAGGCAUCUUUGGCAGCCCCGGUGAAGGAAAUGGACAAUUUUGACCCCGAUAAUCAGCGGUUUUUGCGGAGCAUUCAACAGCGUGGCCGACAGGUCAUGAUCGCGGAGAGUCUCACCCGAGCCCACCGCGACUUCGAUACAUUCCUAGAGGAAAAGGUUGAUUUGGACUGGGAAGAGCAACGUCAAACUAUUUUUCAUCAUUUCGGGCUAUCGCAGAAGGACGCCGCUGGUGGCCUAAACGCUACCACCAGAGGUGGAUUCGGCCGAUCAACCAGGCAAUCUAAGCACUCUGGUGCUGGUCCCGCCAGCGGGCCCUCGGGUGCAUCCCGCAGAAGUGUGUUUGGGCGUUCUGGCCUUGAAAAAUCGGUCAUUGGCACUCCUGGGGCUGGUUUGGCCAGCCGCCAGAUCUUCGAAGACCCAGCAGAGCGAAACGACAGAGCCACGUCUCACUCUCCUGAUGUCAGGUUCCAACGCGAGAAGAUGGGCCACUACGCCGAAAAGGUUCAGCAAUUGAAUCUCGCCAGGCUCCAAGGAAGGUGCUAUCCCGUCCUUGAUGAGUUCUCCUCGGUCGAGGUUCAAAAUGGCGGUGAUGUCCCCCGGCAACUCUUCAAUGCGUAUCAAGCCUUGGUGGGAAUUGUGCACGAAAAUCCUCGGAUUAUUGACCCAUCGGACCCCGGGGCAAUCAAGGAGCGCCAGUAUUCUGCAAAAUACCUCGAUGAAUCAUCAAAAUCUCGCAACGCGAUCGAUCUCAAGAAACAGAUCCUCGAGGGCUCAAGAACUUUCCUGGAGAGAACAUUCUUCGACGAAGUGGAAACCGCCAUUGCCAAGAACCCUCGAGAGGCACAGCUGGGAGGUAUUCCAACCGUGGUUAAUAAGAUUCGGGCCUAUAUUCGCCUUCAAGCCGCGAGAAAGGAUCUUGUGCCUGAUGGGACAGAGCUCCAGAUGGUGAAUCAGGACUAUUGCUGGAUCCUUAUCUUCUAUCUCCUUCGAUGCGGAUUUGUUACGGAGGCUGCUGAGUACGUGAGCCGGGACACCGGAUUCCGGUCCCUGGAUCACAAAUUCGUGACCUACAUGACAACCUACGCGCAGACCAGGCGGCUACCGCGUGAUCUUCAACAGAAGAUCAAUGGCGAGUUUCAGCAACGUUCUCGAAACGCACCUGAAAACACCGUCGAUCCCUACAGGAUGGCGUGUUAUAAGAUCAUCGGCCGCUGUGACCUUUCGCGUCGUCGCUUGGAUGGUGUGAAGCAAACAGUUGAGGACUGGAUGUGGUUGCAAUUCAGCCUUGCCAGAGAGGAUGAUCGCACCGAGGAGGUUGCAGGUGACGUGUUCGGCCUUGAAGACAUCCAAACCGACAUCCAAGAGAUUGGCCAAAGAGUCUUCGUCAAGGGCAAUGAUGGACCUGGUGGUUACGGGACAUAUUUCCUGCUGCAAAUUCUAGGAGGAAUGUUCGAGCAGGCUGUCCACUAUCUCGGCACGUUUGCGCCAGUUACCGCCGUUCACUUCGCCAUCGCCCUAUCAUACUAUGGCCUUCUCCGCGUCUCCGACUUUUACACAUCUGGAGAAGAAAUUCUGACAUUCACUGUCAAGCAGUACCCUCAAAUCAAUUUCGGCUACCUCUUGACCCAAUACACCCGGGAAUUCCGAACCGGAUUUGUUGAAGCAGCCAUCGACUACUUCACGCUGGUCUGCCUGAAUGCCGAUCUCCCCGGUGCUCUGGGCAAGUCGCAAGCCUCCGUUUGUCACGAGGCCCUGCGCGAGUUCAUUCUGGAGACCAGAGACUUCGCCAAACUGCUCGGCGAUAUUCGUGCUGACGGUACUCGCUUGAAGGGUGCCAUCGAGCAGCGUCUAGGUUUGAUCAAAUUGGAGGACCAAGAAGAAUUCCUCCAGACCAUCACGGUCCAGGCAGCUGCCGUAGCAGAUGAUAAGGGCCUGGUUGCUGAUGCUGUACUUCUCUACCAUCUCGCCGAAAACUAUGAUCGAGUCAUCGAUAUCAUUAACCGUUCUUUAUCGGAUGCUGUCGCUGUCGAAUUGGGUGGUGCUUUGCCCAAGCUACAGCCUUUGCGCCCGCGAGACGACAUGGCCGAUGCAGCGGGGGGGAGCAGCCUUAGCUUGACCUCCGUGGAUGACCCGGGCGUUCUUGCUAAGAAUAUGAUUAGCCUUUACGACUCCAACGAGAUGUACUAUGGAAAGGUUCGACCAGUCAACCGUGAGGCAUGUGGCCUGCUGCUGCGCAUGAUGGAAGCCAAGACCCAGGUUGAAGCCGGUAGAUGGGCACCAGCACUUGACGCCAUCAACGAGUUGAAUGUUUUACCCCUCCAGGCCCGGGGCUCCGUGUCGCAUAUUCGAAGCAUCGCCCAAUCGUUCUCGUCCCUGCCCGCUAUCAUUUCACGCAACAUCGGACAUGUCAUUAUGUGGAGCAUCACCUGUAUUGGCUUCGAGCGCCAGAAGCGAACUUCUGGACUGUACGACAGCGAGGUCCGUCAAGGCAUGGCCGAUGCCUUCCUUGUCAUGGCCAAGGAUCUGAUGGUGUUCUCGGGGAUGGUCAAAUACAAGUUGCCCCCACGGGUGUAUGAGACUCUGGCUCGCGCGGGAGCCGAGAUUGGGGCAUAUUAG